AUGCUUGAGAGAGAUGAUUUCUCGGACAGUGACAGUGAAGUAGUGGAUAUCGUGGCGCUGCCACCGCCUACUGUUGAUGAGCUGACAGAUGAAGAGGAGGAAGCUGACGACAACGCUGGCCAAGAUGCCAUUCCUCAAGACGUACCUGGCUUUGUGGAGGCGCACAUCCGCUCGAAAGAAACAUUGCCAGAACCUGAGUCAAGCACAGGCGAGAGUUCAGGCUCCGGACCUGCUAAGAGGCGUAAAGUUUCAUCAUCUCAACCAAAGUGGCGUAAGAAGCAGCCUGAGUACACCAAGCUUCCAGAGAAAACUGAUGGUGCCAAUCGACGCCUGCAGGCGCUGAAAGAGAAGCUGGAAGGGGCUUCUCCAGUACAGCUUUUUGAAGAGAUGUUUUCGUCUGAGAUGUAUGAACAUAUUAUCAAGGAGACUCUCAGGUACGCGUCUGCCACCAAAAAUGAUCCCCUGUUUAGUAUGACUACCGCUGAACUGAAAACUUUUAUCGGCAUCCUAAUUCUGUCAGGAUAUCACCAGCUACCCAGUGAGCGACACUAUUGGUCUCUAGAAGACGACCUGGGUGUCGAGAGUGUCCGCAGAGCUAUGACCCGGAGCCGAUAUCUAAAGAUAAAGGCAUAUUUGCAUUUCCAAAACAACGAGACCAGUUCGACACACCAAAACGACCGCGGCUUCAAGAUUCGCCCUCUGAUGGACAUGCUCAAUGAGAGCUUCAGGAAAUUCGGCGUGUUCAGAGAAGAACUGUCAGUGGACGAGAUGCUCGUCCGCUACUUCGGACACCAUCCUCUGAAACAGUUUAUCCGGGGAAAACCGAUCCGCUUCGGGUAUAAGAUGUGGUCCCUGUGUGCCAGCGACGGCUACUGCUACAAGUUCCAGCUAUACUGUGGAAAGGAGACGGGGCCGAAGCAGGACUUGCCGCUGGGUACCCGUGUGGUGACAGAGAUGCUGGAGGCUGUAGACAUCCCCACAGACCACAGUGUCUACUUUGACAACCUGUUCACCUCCCGUCAGCUGAUGGUCACUCUGGCAGAGGAGGGCUACCGUGCGACUGGCACCGUCCAAGAGAGACGGACGAACCAGUGCCCUCUCCCGGACUGUAAGACUAUGGCCAAGACGGCCCGCGGGACAUUUGAGACCCGGUUUGACACCGCCGAGGAGAUCACCGUGACGAGGUGGAAUGACAAUCGCUGCGUGACCAUGAUGUCAAACUUUGACAGUGACCAGCCUCUAGCCCGGGUCAAAAGAUGGGACCGGUCGCAGCGCGCCCACAAAUAUGUGGAACAGCCGAGGAUGGUGAACAAUUACAACAAGUUCAUGGGUGGUGUGGACGCGCACGACUGGCUAUGCGGAAAAUACAGCACCAGUAUCCGCGGCAAAAAGUGGUAUUGGUGCUUAUUCACCCGCUUGAUCGACAUGUCCAUCGUAAACGCCUGGAUCCUACAUCGCCAUAUCUCGGAGGGUCCUCUCAGUCUCCUUGACUUCCGGAGGCAUGUCGCAGUGGCCUACCUGAAGCUGCUUGGCCAGAGGGACCUCCGAGUGCUCCCAGCAGCAGCUGUAAUGCCGGACGUCCGGUAUGACCAACCGAGUGGCGGAAUGGUGGCCGCCGGGGACAGCGCGGCCGCUCGGACCCCCGGAGAGGUGACCUGCGCCGUGACCGCCGCCCGGGCAGACACGGAGCCGGUCGGAACGCGGCCGGACCGCCUGCUGAAGGACGGCUCGCUGCUGGCGCCGCCGGAAGCAGCCCCUUCCACCGGCGGAAAUCAAUGCACGUGCACGCGCGGCGGCGGCGGCGCACGUCACCGGAAGGCGUCAUCGGAGCGUCAGCGGCCGUCACCGCGCGCCGGAAGGAAGCGCCACUGA